CUGAGUGCCGGGGCUGCAGCCAUGGCCUACUGCCGGCAGGAAGGGAAGGAUCGAAUCAUAUUUGUGACCAAAGAAGACCAUGAAACCCCAAGCAAUGCAGAGCUGGUGGCUGAUGACCCCAACGACCCAUAUGAGGAGCACGGAUUGAUCCUGCCAAAUGGAGACAUUAACUGGAACUGCCCGUGCCUUGGGGGAAUGGCCAGUGGCCCCUGUGGCAAACAGUUCAAGUCGGCCUUUUCCUGCUUCCACUAUAGCACAGAGGAUGUCAAGGGGUCAGACUGUGUAGACCAGUUCCGGGCCAUCCAGGAAUGCAUGCAGAAAUACCCUGACCUCUAUCCUCAGGAGGACGUGGAGGAGGAGGAGGAGGAGGAGGAGGAGAAGCCAGCAGAACGUUUAGAAGAGACAGCUCCCACUGAGGCCACUGCAACCAAAGAAGAGGAGGGGUCAAGCUAAUGAAGGCCAUAAGGCACUGGGCUUCAGUCCUUCUCCUUUAGAGUGAUAUGAACCUUUUGUAAGAUGCCUUUUGGUCAUUCUCCAAGAAUGUGUCUUUCCCUCUGUUGUUCUGUGCACUAUAAUGUACAAAAUAACUUAUUUUGAUGAUCGGGGGUCUUGGUCCUUUGACAUAUACACUGGAAAAAAUGUAUGUGUGUCUCCUAUAAACCUAUCGGCAAAUGUAGCUG